GGGAUCAGACCUGUUUGUGAACAUGGUCCAAUCCAGGCUGAACAGCCAGCGAUAGUUGGCGAAUAGAAACCCGCAGCUGCGUGGUGGACUGCUCAUACACCCAAUGGCCUGACUGGUAGUAAUAGUCUGUCGUUGGUGCGGUGGUGAACACACUGGCUGGGACAGGACAGCGCUACAUGGGGGACACAGGCGACAGCGGUUGGUACCACCGCUCCUACACCCCGGGGGAACAAAUCCGCUCUGUGGAGAAAUCUCUAGCGCUUUACGACGCUCCGCUGCUGGGAGCUGACUUGAUGAAAUAACCAAGCCGAAUAUGAACACUUCGCAUUUGAGUGUCUCUUCCUCUGAGCAUGGACUGACCAUAUCCCUCUCUGGAUGAUUUGAUGGGGCUGCUCAGAGUCAUGAUGCCGCCCAAGUUGCAGCUUCUGGCGCUGCUGGCUUUCGCAGUGGCCAUGUUCUUCCUGGAGAACCAGAUCCAGAAGCUGGAGGAGUCCCGGGGAAAGCUCGAGCGAGCCAUUGCCAGACAUGAGGUACGAGAGAUCGAGCAGCGGCACACGCAGGAUGGCCUGCGGGAACGGGACUUGACACUGUCGUCGCUGUCCGACAACGAAGACGACAUGGUCAUUAUCUACAACCGUGUGCCCAAGACAGCCAGCACCUCCUUCACCAACAUCGCCUAUGACCUGUGCGGGAAGAACCACUACCACGUCCUGCACAUCAACACCACCAAGAACAACCCAGUCAUGUCCAUACAGGACCAGGUGCGGUUUGUAAAGAAUGUGACUGAAUGGAGGGAGAUGAAACCGGCUUUCUACCACGGACAUGUCUCCUUCCUGGACUUCACCAAGUUUGGAGUGAAGAGGAAACCCAUCUACAUUAAUGUGAUCCGGGACCCCAUUGAAAGGCUCGUGUCCUAUUAUUACUUUUUACGUUUUGGGGACGACUACCGGCCCGGCCUGAGACGCAGGAAACAAGGAGACAAGAAGACAUUUGAUGAAUGUGUAUCAGCCGGCGGCUCAGACUGUGCCCCUGAGAAGCUCUGGCUCCAGAUUCCCUUUUUCUGUGGUCACUACUCUGAAUGCUGGAAUGUGGGCAGCCAAUGGGCUCUGGAGCAGGCGAAAUACAACCUGGUGAACGAGUACAUGCUGGUCGGAGUAACAGAAGAGCUGGAGGACUUUGUUAUGAUGCUGGAGGCUGCACUGCCACGCUUUUUCAGAGGAGCCACUGAGCUGUACAAAACAGGGAAGAAAUCCCACCUGAGGAAGACCAGCGAGAAGAAGCCGCCCACGAAGGAGUCGAUCGCCAAGCUGCAGCAGUCAGCCAUCUGGAAGAUGGAGAACGAGUUCUAUGAGUUUGCACUGGAGCAGUUCCAGUUCGUCAGGGCACACGCUGUCAGAGAAAAGGACGGGGAACUCUACCUGCUGGCACAAAACUUCUUCUAUGAGAAAAUCUACCCCAAAAACUAAAGAGACUCGUGUGUCAAUAGAAGAGUUUGGAGUGUUUAUGGAGAGGGACGGACUCUUUGUACAGGCUCAGAUGUGCAGUCUGAGACUUAAAAAAAAAGAAGGAAGCUGUAACAGACUACUGCUGACUGUGUGGCUGGUUUGUACGUGUGACUGAGAACAUAACGUGGAGCUGCAGAACAACCUGCCUCUGACGCAGCAAACAGACUGGUGACAGCUCUGUUAUUCACAUCUGUGCCAGCCAACUGGACGAAGAGCUUGAGUUUCGUCGGCAGGUCACGUUCCCGGCAGCUCCCGGGAGCCUCCGCGCCCUUUUCACUUCCAUGUCAAAGGUCGUCUGCACAGGAGGCCUCAGCUGGUACGUGGUCAGAGACGUCUUCUUCAGCAGCUGGUCAGACCUCGACUCCUGAUCCUUCCCUACUCUCUGAUCCAGACAAAGCAUUUUCAUUGGCUCUGUACUGUUUGGUUGUGUUUUGUUGUAUUUUAACUCUUUACUAUGGUUGUUUUUUUGUAUGUAAAGACAGUGACAUUUUUCAUGGUGAAACAACAUCUCCAUGCCUCACCACCACUACUAACUUAAAGAGAUUUUAAGUGUAAGAAACUGACUACUGUGCUGUAUUAUUGGACUUGAAUGAGAACGUUUGAGGUUUUUAUGAAAUAAAAAUCCUGUGACCGUGGACUGCUUACUGGGACAAGUGCGUAUGUUUUAUACUGUACUUGAAGUGUUUUGUUGGAUGACUCUUGUUAAUGUGCAGCUUUGCCUGGAGCCUUUUCCUGGGUAAUGUCAGAAGCUUUUACACAUGGUAUUAUUGGAGUGGUGAAGAUGCUGCUGCUGUAAAUAUUUACUACUUUUUCAGUCCAUUUCAUAUCCAAGCAGAGUGGUUACAGUACAAUAUUAACUAAUUUUUCCCGUUAACACCCUUUUGAAGUUUACAUUGGGCAUUUUAUCAGUUUGUACAUUUCUUUCAGCUCUUUCUUUUCACUUUUUCUCUUGCAUUUUACUUUGUGUCAUGCAGAUUAAUGUGAUUGUCCACUAAUAUAUUUCUCUGCUGCUUAAAGGAUUAGUCAGACAUUUUGUGAAAUAUAUUUAUUCACUUUCUUGCCAGGAAUUAGAUGAGAAAAUCUGGUAUCAGUCUGUUAAAUGUAAGGUUACAGCUAUGAAAUGUUCAGCUAAGCUAACCAGCUGCAGCAUUACAUUUGACAGACUAAUGAGAGCAUCGGUCUUCUCAUCAAACUCUCAGUGAGAAAAUGUCAAACCUUUCCUUUAAGGAGGGGAGGCUGUGGCUCAGGAGGUAGAGCGGUCGCCCACCAAUUCCCAGCUCCUCCAGUCCUUAUGCCGAAGUAUCCUUGGGCAAGACACUGAACCCUAAUUUGCCCCUGAUGUGUGUCAUCAGUGUGUGAAUGUAUAUGUAUGAGAGGUCGAUGUGAAACGCACUACGUAAGUGCAGUCCAGUCCAUUUAAAUUUCUGCUGUUUUCUUUGCAGUUGUUCACAUACAGUAAAAGAUGGUGGCAAGGUUGGUGAUAACUUUGCUAAUUUGCUUGUGGAGUUUUCAUCCUUUGUUUUCUUUAAGGUUUGAUUUGUUUUGUUUUUUAUGGCCUUUUAUCGACUGAUUUAAAGUUCUUGUCUCCCCUCUGAUAAAUUGUUAACAGUUGGAAAAGUUACCUCUGUUAUAUUAAGACAGUUGAAUAAUGUGAAGGCAGAAACAUUUCUUCACCUGGAGGAGCUGCACAGAUUUUGUUUUCUACCGGAUGGACUUUCACAACACAGUUUCUGAAGUAUUUACAUUCACAGAUGAAUAGGUAUGAAUUUUCAUCUGAGGACGUACUGUAGUUUACCGCUCGGUCUUUGUGUGCCUUCUCUACACCCAGUUCUUCUUGUGUUGCAGCUUUGUCAGAUGGAACAUAAAAACAACAUGGCUGUCAUGGCUGUUCUCUUAUUUUGAUUGCCAAAACAAAUAUACAGAACAUUUUAAAGGUG